GCCUUGCUUUGCUCAUGGUCUUCUUCUUAAAGAAGCAUGUGAGCCAGAAGUGUCUGUUAGGACAGAAGACAGCUCAUAUGUUAAAUGUUUUUUAUUGUAGUCCCUGGACUGUGUUUGGUAUGUGGGAGUCUGGUACCUGGAUAAGGUUAACUGCAUGAAAUUAUUAAGUAUUUCAUUUUUCUUACCUCAGGCUGUGUCUUCUCUAUGGCUAUUUUAAUUUGUUUCAUAUUUUUUCUCCUAAAGACUGGGGAGAAGGGAAUCGAAAAAUUAAAUCUGUUGUAAAUCCGAGUGUUAAAAGAAAAAAAAGGAAAAAUUGUUGUAGAGGAAGACGAAUCUUGUAGUUCCCCCUCACUUGUAAAAAUAGGAAAGUUAAAAAAACCUGCUUGUUUUGGCUGUGCUGAAUUAACAAAGGAGAGAGGAAAAACCUACCUCCCAGCUCUACUUACGAGGUUGCAUGAAGAAUUAAAGAUGGCAAAAAGUGAUGAUUGUGUACACAUCUUGCAGGGUCUGUUAGUCUUUGGGAAUGUGGUCAUUGGGAUGUGCGGCAUUGCCCUGACAGCAGAGUGUAUCUACGUUGUGUCUAACCCCCAUGGUCCCUACCCUCUGCUGAAAGCCACAGAAAACAGUGACAUCUACGCUGCAGCCUGGAUUGGCAUCUUUGUCGGCCUUGCACUCUUUGCCCUGUCUAUCCUUGGUAUCAUUGGAGUCGUUAAGGCCAGCAGGACCUUGCUGUUGGUGUACCUCAUUCUGAUGCUGAUCACUUUUGCAUUUGAAAUGGCUUCUUGCAUCACAGCAGCAACUCACCAAGACUCACUCACUCCAGAGCUCUUCCUGAAGCAAAUGCUGGAGAGAUAUCAGAAGUCAGAGGCAAACAAUAACAGUGACAAUGAGGUCACAAAGACAUGGGAUGAACUCAUGCGUCAGAACCACUGCUGUGGGGUGAAUGGCCCCUCUGACUGGCAGGAGUACACAUCUGCCUUCCGCCUCACGCACAGCGACGCCGACUACCCCUGGCCACGGACAUGCUGCGUGCUGGAUGCAAAAGGGCUUCCUGUCAACCUUGAUGGCUGCAAACUUGGAGUGCCUGGCUACUAUAACAGCAAUGGUUGUUACGAUGCUAUUUCUGGGCCAGUGAACACACAUGCGUGGGGUGUUGCCUGGUUUGGCUUUGCCAUCCUCUGCUGGACUUUCUGCGUCCUCCUUGGCACCAUGUUCUACUGGAGUGCAAUUGAAUACUGAAGGCCUGGUGUCCUUAGUGCUGUCCUGAAGAGCCAUGUGAAACUGCAUCUGUUUGUCUCCCACUCCAUUCUCCUCAGGCCAUGGAGGAUUUGAAGUUUUCCCACUACCUCUCCCAUAUGUACUUUUGCCCCUCCAAAAACUUGACACAAAGAACUGAUGACUGCAGGAAAGAAUAUUCUUGUCCCUGCUUUGCCCCUUGUUCUGCAGCCUUAAUGCCUCCUGGCUGAAGCACAAUCCUUCUUUCACUGUGCAAGAAAUCCUGGAGCAUAAGAUGAGAAAAAAAGUGAUCUGUUUUUUUCUCUGAUGACAUCAGAAAAGAAAAUGUCCAUAUACACUUGGUCUGGAAACAUGUCUCUCUAAAAUUAGUUUGAAUUUAAAUUAUAAUGCUCCAGCAAGGGCUAUGUGAGCAAAACUGUAACCUCCUGUGACCAAUAAGGACAGAUGCUGCAAGGGAAAAGGCUGCAGACUUCUCUGUUAUAUUCUACUGAUCAACUUCUCUUGCUGGUCUCUGUCACCCUUGCCUUAGAAUAAGGCAAAUUCUCUGAGCAUUUAAGUGUGUCAGCAAUAAAAACAUGUCACAGAUAGAAAGUCUGUUGCUAGUCAAGCCCAAUAAAAGGCUAGCUCACUCCUCAGCAAUAUGCUGCCUAUAUGCAAGCCUACCUCCUGUCACUGAUGAAACUACUGCAUGUGCUCCUACCUUCAGAAGUGCAAGUCCAGGAAAAGCUCCACUUGUGAACAAGCAACUCCUUCAAAAAAGCUGUUAUGUACUUUGCACAAGAUUUCAUACAUCUAUGGGCUAGAAUUGGUGCAGAAUACAGGGGGUUCUGUGCUGUAGUUUCCUUUGCAAAUGUGGCUGUCCCAUGCUCCUGGUUUAUUGUGCUUCUUGCUUUAGCUACCUGUGUGUAAAUGGUCACACCCCCUGUGUCACUCCCCUUCGACAUCCCUGGAUCAGGUAGGACAAAUGGCAAAUAAUGGCAGUAACUCUUGGGAAAAAUGCAAGCAAAGAGCUAACUGAACCAAACCCAGUCCUUGCAUCAGCGCUUGCAGCUUUUACUCAGUUCAAUAAAGGCUGUUUACUUUGGCCCAGACUGAGCUGGUGUCUUUCCUAGUGAAUGCUUCAGUAGUUAAAUGUAUUGUGAGACAUGUGUUCCUCUGUAAAUUGUUUUAAAGUUAAGCCUCUUCCAAAGAUGUACUGGUUCAUGUCCUGAUGCUUGCCAUCUGCCUUGAUUCUUUGUUUUUAUAUAUUCACCAAAAUACUAAUUAAAAAGAAAUGGAAGUGAA